AUGUGUUAUAUGGAGCCUAAUUGUGUGUCCAUCAAUAUUGGACCUGUUGCGGGAGGAAACCAAAAAUGCGAGUUGAAUAACGCCACGGUGGAAAACCAUGCUCCAUUUCUUCUCGUGAAAAAUCCGGGUUACACGUAUCUUGCAAUCGAGAAUCCAUGUAGCAGCAGCCCAUGCUUAAACAAGGGCAUCUGUCAAGCUGGAUUCACCAAUAAAGGUUUUCGUUGUGUCUGUCGGGAAAGAUUCACCGGAGAAACCUGCCAAGUUGAAGUCAAGAGAAACUGCGCAGAAAUCUACGAAUCCGCGGAUAAACCUACUGACGGCGUGUACACCAUUAAACCUGAUAAUUUGCCUGCCUUUGAUGUAUUCUGUGACCAAACAGCGGAGGAUGGAGGAUGGACUGUGUUCCAGAAGAGACUGGACGGCUCGGUUGAUUUCUACCGCUACUGGAACGACUACAAAUGUGGCUUUGAUGACCUCACAAGUGAAUUUUGGAUGGGACUGGACAAGAUUCACCGCCUGACCUCAAAUGAUAGCAACAUGCUGCGUGUGGAUUUGGAAGACUUUGAAGGUAACACAACUUAUGCCGAGUAUAACACGUUUGACGUCAAGAGUGAGAAUGACAAGUACAGGCUGAUUCGCGGUUCCUAUUCAGGAAACGCUAGUUCCUCUCUCCCUCGUGAUCGGCCAUUCACCACUGGAGAUCACGAUAAUGAUCAUCACAGAAACCGUAACUGCGAUAACUCCAUUGCGUUCAAAGGAGCCUGGUGGUACAGCGCGUGCCAUGCGUCAAAUCUCAAUGGCUUGUAUCGUGGCAAUCACUCUUCCUAUGCUGAUGGUGUGAACUGGAAAGGCUGGAAAGGUUAUCAUUACUCCCUAAAGAGAACCGAGAUGAAAAUAAGACCAGAGAAUUUCUGA